AUGUCCAUAACCCUGGAUGGAAACCAGCUGACGUCACUGCCUAAAGCACUAUUGCAUCUGAAUGACGUCACAACUCUGACCGUUGACGGACUGAGUGACGAGGACAGUGACGUCAUGCAGCAUGUGAAUCGCACGUUACGUGGCUUCACUCUUUACGGAACAACGUUAGACGAGUCCACAUCUCUGGCGGCAAUGCAGUAUCUGAGCCAUUUGGAAGACCUGUCCAUUAUGAAAGUAAGGCUGGAGGAAAUACCAGACAGAGCGUUCAGUUCAAUAGCCAAGACAUUACACUACCUUCAUCUUAGCCAGAACGUUAUUCUUGGUAACUUUACGCUGCUCUGUGACUUAAAGUCUUUGAAAAGGAUCUACGUAUCUCACGUUGAAUUUGCUCCAGAUAUCCCUCCUGUCCCUAUAUGUCCUACACCGGUCUACUCUUCUGAACGCCUCGAUGUCACUCAGAGCCAGUUAGAGAGCUUCCCUGCGGCUUUACUCACGUUCCCCAAUCUGCAUGACUUAAGUCUGAACCAGAAUAACAUCACAGACAUCGACUCCUCCAUGGUGCCUGCCAACAACGAGGUGGAAGAACUACGCAUGUCCGGAAAUAGCCUUAUAGCGGUUCCAGACGCCUUAAAGAAGAUGAAACUGCUGCGGUACUUAGACAUGUCCCACAAUCAGAUCAUUGCUCUUAAAGACGGCGACUUCCAGAACUUGUUAGAGCUGAACACGGUUUUCUUAGACUACAACCCUAUCACGUUUAUCGCUAGGGCGGCCUUCCAGAACUGCCCUCGUGUACAGAAGCUGAGCCUGGCCUCUACCAUGCUGGUAAACGUGCCGGAGGCCAUGACGUAUCUGCCGAAACUCAAUCUGCUGGACUUCUCCGGUGCGCCUGUCAAGUGUGACUGCCGUAUCGUCUGGAUUUUAAAGCAGCGUCCAGGAAUUCGGGGAAACUGUCCUAAUUCCUCGGACAAAAUAUCAGACUUUUUCCAUCGCAGCAUCGUAUCUUGCGGAGAAAACCCAGCUAUUGGCUAAUAUUCAUGUUUCUACAUGCGCAGACAUGCAGAUUAAAAUUAUCUCCCGUCUUCUGGAACGAAUUCUGUUCUAAAGCGAACAUUUAAUAUGCGUAUACCGAAUCUCCGUUUUACAAAGCCAAAUCUGGAUCUUUACUUAAUUUUAAUUUGCAUUAAUUUAAUGUAUGGAAUUUUAACUGAAAUUGUUUUGGUGUGAUUCUGUUGAAAAAUGUGAGAAGAUUAAAAUAAAUUAUAAGGAUUAUAUUUACUUUAUAGAAUAAAGCUACAUACAUGUAACAGAAGACAUCAAAACCCACACGAAAAUGACUGGAUGUUGCUAUAUAUACGGGUUGACGAAAAUGGCAUGCCUAGAUAAAAGAGAAUUUGUCCAUUGU